AUGCCAGGUUUAGAACCAAAUUUCUGGUUGUCUUGUCUGCCAGAAGACCAUGUUGUGGACUGUGUGAUAGGACAUGGGGCUGUUCUUGGUCGGCAAGUGCAGAUCAUCAAGCGAACUCAUCCUUACUGCAAGUGGAUUCAGGUCGUUCACACCACUCCUGAAGAACUUGGAAUGUACAAAGGAUAUGAAGAACGCAUUUCCAAAGGUGAGAAGAAGCACCAAGUGGAGAUUGAACUCUGUAAAUUGGCUGAUCAAGUUGUAGCAGUUGGACCUAAGCUGGCUGAAGCUUUCUCAGGUUAUCUCCGUCCGUUUGGAAAGGAUCAAGAUGUUCUCAAUCUUACCCCAGGCAUCUUCUUAGAAUUUUCUGAUGUAAGGCAAGCCACUGAAGAAAGAAAAACAUUUAGUGUUUUAAUGUUCGGACGUGGUGACAAUGAAGAUUUUCAGCUAAAAGGAUGUGACAUUGCUGCCCAAGCCAUUGCUGAGUUGAAAGACGUGACCUACAAACUUGUAUUUGUUGGAGCAACAAGCGGAGAUGAAGAGAAAGUAGCAGACUUGUUACUCCACCAAGGUAUUGACUGCAGUCAACUAACUGUGCGUUGUUUUAAUGAAAACAGAGAGCAGCUAGCUCGGUUGUUUUGUGAAGUAGAUCUUGCCAUAAUGCCAUCCCGAACCGAGAGCUUUGGUCUAGCCGCCCUUGAGGCUUAUCAGCUGGUCUGCCUGUGCUGGUCAGUGGGAACUCUGGUCUUGGCGAGGCCUUAA